AUGAGCAAGCGCAACUUCGAUCAAAUGGCGGGCUUGCCUCCCAUGAUGGCUUCUCUUCUUGAUACUGGAAAGUACGGCGACUUGAUCAUCAAGUGCAGCAAGGAGGUCUUCAAUGUACAUAGGAACGUUGUCUGUGUACAUAGCAAACCAUUUGCGGCGAUGGUUGACGGUCCAUUCCUGGAGGCUACUAGUGGAGUGAUUGACCUGGGCGAUGAUGAUCCAGAAAUCAUUCGACUAGUUCUCAACUUCAUGUACAAGGGAGACUAUUCAGACGGUAGGCAACCUGAAGGGAGCACUUCACAAAGGUUGUCUACCAGUCGAGGUUCUAUCGACCCGGGCUACCUCGAUUUGUCUUCUUCGGAUGAGUUCUCGAAGGCGGUUCAGGCCAAACGCGCAAAGAUAUCCACACCAGCUCCCAAAAAGGGUUCUACGGCAACUGAAGUUCCCGGCACUUCUCAACCUGCUCCCUCUGCCUUGAUCAUCAAUGCCAAGGUGUAUGCUUCUGCGGAGAUGUGGGAUAUCCCAGCUCUGAAAACCUUGGCCGCUAAGAAAUACAAGGAGGCCUUACCUCAGGUCGGAUUUCCGGAGGACUUCAUAGACAGUCUUGAGUCGAUGUACAACAAUCUACCCGAAAAUGACUUAAAGCUUAAGGUGAUUGCUCUAGACUUCGUCGGAAAGCAUUACAAAGGCUUGGUGAAGAGGGACGAAUUCCUGAACUUGUGCAGCAAGAAUGGCGACGUCGCGGUCUCGGUUUUGAAAACCAUUGGAGCAGAUAGUGCACAGACAUGCACUAAGUCAUGCUGCAGAACGAUCAAACUCUCAAUUUCCGUUGAUCCUUUUGAGCAGCUAUACAAAACCUUGCGCGCUCCUUCUACGGCAAUUUCGCCUCUCAGCACUCUCCCCGAAAGCCAAGAGUUACCCGACCAUAAGAUUUUAGGUUAG